AUGACUAGCAAACGAAAGUCCAAUUUAGCUAUUAGCUCUAGCAGAGCUCGGGCUGCUAAACUUGCUAGAUCACUGGAAUCGGAAAAGGAUUCACAGAUCUGUCGGACUUUAGAUGCCGAGCGUCUCGCAACUCAAAGGGCUGCUGAAACUUUUGAGCAAACGCAGACCCGUCAUAAUUUCGACGCUGAUCGUUCUGCUGCACAAAGGGCUGCAGACACCUCUCAGCAGACCCAAGCUCGCCAAGUCUUGGAUGCCGAGCGUCACGCGGCUCAAAGAGCUGCAGAGACCUCUCAGCAGACCCAAGCUCGCCAAGUCUUGGAUGCCGAGCGUCACGCGGCUCAAAGAGCUACUGAGACCUCUCAGCAGACCCAAGCUCGCCAAAUCUUAGAUGCUGAGCGUCAAGCUUCGUACAUAGCCGCAGAGACCUCCGAAGAAACACGUAGAUCACGUUUAAUUAAUUCCGAGCGGCAAGCAGAAAGGAGACUUACGUUUACGAUGAAUACAUGGGAGGCAUUUGCCGAUGCUGCUUUUGAUUAUGAUCCGUUAAUUGAUUACUUUAAUCAUCGAUUAGUCCUCAUAGGUAGAAUGGCCAAUAAAUGCAGACACUAUGAGGCACUCAAGUGGAAGGAAGAGACCCCAGCCUUAGAAAGAAUGCCAGGGGAAAAUAACAAAUUAGUUAUACACCCAGAUCGUACGCCAAGCGAGGAACAUGAAAGACGUUAUAAAGCAUUCUUAAUAAACGAAGUCGCCGCCAUGGUUUGUGGUGAACAGUUCGCAUCGCGUGAUAUUGUUUUACAAGCCCGUGACAACACAUUGACCAGGGCGCCCGACACACACAAGUUUUAUGACGCAUUACAAUACCCGCUUAUGUUUAGCAAGGGGCAAGAGGGGUACCACUUUCAAAUUCCACAAGUCAAUCCAGUGACCAACGUCCCCUUGUCCAACAAAAAAGUAUCGAGCAUGGACUUUUAUGCCUAUCAUAUGAUGAUACGCGAAGACGAUUUUAACGUAAUACAACGAUGCAAACAGCUCGCUUACCAGUUUUAUGUUGAUAUGUAA